AUGACAAUCGAUGUGCAAGAUACCCAAAUCACAAGGCAUCUAGAGCAGAUAGAGUAUAUCAAAACAGCAAUCCCUGCUCGUACAAUCGAAUCGUUGUAUGACUUUAUCUAUCAAGACCUUCUGGACAAUAUGUCUGAAAGUAUUCGGCAAUUGUACAAUCCACAAAGAGAUGAUAUAUACCGCUUGGCAACCAGUAUCAAAGGAAAGUCUCCGAUGUAUCUGAGUCCAAUUGUGGAUAUACGGCAAGCAGUCGAGGAUCUUCUUUCAAAGUGGUUUGAACCUCGUACAACUGUUGGUGAAAAGGAGUACAUGAUUUAUUUGGUUAUAGAACAGACGAAUACACCGGACAAGGAGAUUAUUCCUGUCAAAGAGAAGGUCAAAGUCAAGAAGGAAAGAAAGAUUAAGAAAGAGAUCAAGGAGGAGAUCAAGGAGGAAAGGAUGUCUACUCCUAUUUCUCAAGCAGAUGAUGGCACUGUACAAUCCGAUCUCUGUACACAAUCUGAGAGAUCCUCCGAGGCUGUACAAGAUUCUCGAAAACGUGCUGCAAGCGAAUCAUCUCCAAUAUCUGGUGCAAUUCCCUAUCGGACGAGGAGAAGGCAUGUUAUUGAUGAGGAAGAUAUGGACCGAAUACAGCAGUAUGGACCAUUUGUUAGUAGAUAA